AUGUCCCGCAGCGCGGCGGCCAGAGGCGGACCCAGGAGGCCUGAGCAGCAUCUGCCCCCUGCCCCCUGUGGGGCCCUGGGGCCCCCUGAAAUCUCCAGGACGGAGCCAGACGGGGCGGGCACCAUGAACAAGCUAAGGCAGAGCCUGCGGCGGAGGAAGCCAGCCUACGUGCCUGAAGCGUCGCGCCCACACCAGUGGCAGGCGGACGAGGACGCGGUGCGCAAGGGCACGUGCAGCUUCCCGGUCAGGUACCUGGGCCACGUGGAGGUGGAGGAGUCCCGGGGGAUGCAUGUGUGUGAAGAUGCUGUGAAGAAGCUGAAGGCGAUGGGUCGGAAGUCCGUGAAGUCUGUCCUGUGGGUGUCAGCCGAUGGGCUCCGGGUGGUGGAUGACAAGACCAAGGACCUGCUGGUGGACCAGACCAUCGAAAAAGUCUCCUUCUGUGCUCCUGACCGCAACCUGGACAAGGCUUUCUCCUACAUCUGCCGUGAUGGGACCACCCGUCGCUGGAUCUGCCACUGUUUCCUGGCGCUCAAGGAUUCAGGCGAGAGGCUGAGCCACGCGGUGGGCUGUGCUUUUGCGGCCUGCCUGGAGCGGAAACAGCGACGGGAGAAGGAAUGCGGGGUCACGGCUGCCUUCGACGCCAGCCGCACCAGCUUCGCCCGCGAGGGCUCCUUCCGCCUGUCUGGGGGCGGGCGGCCGGCGGAGCGAGAGGCCCAGGACAAAAAGAAAGCAGAAGCAGCAGCUGCCCCAACUGCGGCUCCUGGCCCUGCCCAGCCUGGGCACGUGUCCCCAACACCGGCCACCACAUCCCCUGGUGAGAAGGGUGAGGCAGGCACCCCAGUGGCUGCAGGCACCACUGCAGCUGCCAUCCCCCGGCGCCAUGCCCCCCUGGAGCAGCUGGUUCGCCAGGGUUCCUUCCGUGGGUUCCCAGCACUUAGCCAGAAGAACUCGCCUUUCAAACGGCAGCUGAGCCUACGGCUGAAUGAGCUGCCAUCCACGCUGCAGCGCCGCACUGACUUCCAGGUGAAGGGCACAGUGCCUGAGAUGGAGCCGCCUGGUGCCGGCGACAGCGACAGCAUCAGUGCCCUGUGCACGCAGAUCAGCUCAUCGUUCGCCAGUGCUGGAGCCCCAGCAUCAGGGCCACCGCCAGCCUCGACAGGGACUUCUGCCUGGGGUGAGCCCGCCGUGCCCCCUGCAGCUGCCUUCCAGCCUGGGCACAAGCGGACCCCUUCGGAGGCUGAGAGGUGGCUGGAGGAAGUGUCCCAAGUGGCAAAGGCCCAGCAGCAGCAGCAGCAGCAGCAGCAGCAGCAGCAGCAGCAGGCGGCCCCAGUGCCCACUGUGCACCCCGGCCUGCAGCCCUUCCCUGCCCCCGUGGGGCCCUUCGACGCCACACCUGCCCAGGUGGCCGUGUUCCUGCCGGCCCCGCACAUGCAGCCCCCGUUUGUGCCCGCCUACCCCGGCUUGGGCUACCCGCCCAUGCCCCGCGUGCCCGUGGUGGGCAUCACCCCCUCACAGAUGGUGGCCAACGCCUUCUGCUCAGCCGCUCAGCUCCAGCCCCAGCCCGCCACCCUGCUCGGGAAAGCUGGGGCCUUCCCACCCCCUGCCACACCCAGCGCCCCUGGGGGCCAGGCUCGUCCACGCCCCAAUGGGGCGCCCUGGCCCCCGGAGCCGGCACCGGCCCCGGCCCCUGAGUUGGACCCCUUUGAGGCCCAGUGGGCAGCGUUAGAAGGCAAACCUGCUGUGGAGAAGCCUUCCAACCCCUUCUCGGGCGACCUGCAGAAGACCUUCGAGAUUGAACUGUAG